AUGCCGAAAGUGAGGACAAGAGCACGGCAAGCCCUAGCAGCGGCGGCGGCUGCUUCAAUUGACCCCAGGAGCGACGACAGUGCACGGCGGAACAACCUCCUUCUCUCUCGCCUUACGUCUUCGUCCUCUCUCUCCAUCUCGUCUGCGAAUCAUCUUUCUCUCUCUCUCCGGACUCCCUCCUCCACGACGGCGAUGGCGGCGGCUGCAGCGGUGUUGCGGUGGGUGCGUGGCGAAGGUGAGCUUUGGAGGCAGGCAGAGUUUCUACUUCAUGAUGGUGACUUCGGAGGGAAUGGGGGGCGACGAGAGUUUACGAAAGUGGAUGAAGGUGCUUUGGAGAAUCAGCCACCGCCACCGCCGUUCACAAACACUUGCGACGUCCCUGCAGCCAUAACGAAGAAGGCGCUUGCGUCGUUCUCGCAGGUAUCUACUAUUCACAAGGCCAAUGUUAUGCAGAAGAGUAAAGGUCUUUUCCUCAAGGACAGUCGUGAGGUUGCAGAGGAGUACGCUGAGAUAAAGUAUGAGAAAGUUAUCAUUGACAAUGACUACAUGAUGGUAUAUUUGUGA